CCAUAAUUACAAUUAAAUUGAGCUUGACUAUUUGCUGACACUUCACUUUUCUGAUGAAUACACUAAAAUAAAACAGAUUAAUCUCAUCAAAUUAAAUAAUAAUUAAAUCCAAUCAUAUCAAUCAGAGGAUCAUUAUUUUUCUCCUAAUCAUAGCCAUUUUAUUCCCAUCUCUGAAUCUUUUCCUUUGUUGCCUUCCUACAAAGAUUUGUUUUUAUCCUUUUUCUCUCUUAACCUUAAAAAAAACAAACUCUUGUCCUUUCUUUUUAUUUUAUCAGGUUAAUUAAUUCACCAUUAACCAUAUAAUUAACCCAAUUUUCAUUGGAUUUUCAGUUUCUUUCUCAAUUCUGGAAAAAAUUUGAUCUAAGGGAAAAAUUUGGAUCUUUUUUUCAUUCUAAAUAUAGGAGAAGAUUAUCAAUGGCUAUUCUGAGAUAUUAUAGGUGUUCAUGAUUUGUAUUUUGUGGGGUUUUCUUUUGAAGGCUAAAGAUGUCUAUAAGUCAGGGAAAUUCUGAUGUACCGCCUACUUUAUUGCAAGAUUUCUUGCUUGCGGACAGCAAAAAUGAGUGGUGCAAGAUGGAACGACAAAAAUGUUCCGGGCCACAAAAGAAACUGGAGAAAUUGCUUAUUCAAUCAGGGAACAAAACUUGUGCAGAUUGUGGAUCACCCGAUCCAAAAUGGGUGUCUUUAAGUUAUGGAGUAUUUAUUUGUAUCAAGUGUUCUGGUGUUCAUAGAAGCCUCGGAGUACAUAUUUCAAAGGUUCUAUCAGUAAAGCUAGAUGAAUGGACAGAUGAACAAGUGAAUAAUUUUAUUGAUUUGGGUGGGAAUAUUGCAGCAAACAAGAAAUACGAAGCUUGCAUUCCAGUUGAUUUCAAAAAACCGAAGGCAGAUGCCACCAUAGAAGACCGUUCAGAUUUCAUCCGGAGAAAAUAUGAGCAUCUACAAUUUUUGAGCUCGAGUGAGCAAAUGAUCUGCCCUUAUAAAUGUCCAUCACCUACCCAUACUGCUAUUACUACUAGUAGUGGUUCUUCUCAAGACAAAAAAAUAUAUGACAAGCAAGCAACGAGACACCGUAUCGGAAAUGCAUUUCGUAACAGCUGGGGAAGGAAAGAUUCUGAAAUCAAGCAGUCAAAAAAGAGCAAUUCCAUGGCAGGAAUGGUUGAAUUUGUUGGAUUAAUCAAGGUUAAUGUCGUCAAAGGAACUAAUCUAGCUGUACGAGAUGUGGUAACUAGCGACCCGUAUGUGAUUCUUUCACUGGGACACCAAUCGGUGAGAACACGAGUCAUAAAGAACAACCUGAAUCCUGUAUGGAAUGAAAGUCUAAUGUUAUCAAUCCCAGAACAUAUUCCUGCUCUGAAAGUGCUUGUCUAUGAUAAGGAUACGUUUACGACUGAUGACUUCAUGGGCGAGGCAGAAAUUGACAUUCAUGCUCUAGUUGCUGCUGCCAAAGCCUACGAAACCUCGACAAUAAGCGAGCCAGUGCAGCUUGGUAAGUGGGUAGCAAGUAAAGAUAACACUUUAUUGAAAGAUGGAGUCAUCAUCUUAGAAGACGGCAAGGUAAAACAAGAUAUAAGCCUCAGGUUACAGAAUGUAGAGAGGGGGUCUCUAGAAAUUCAGCUCGAAUGCGUUCCACUCACGCAGUAGCUAGCGCGGAGAUGAUCGCCAAAUAUGAUUCAAGUGAUUAUAGUAAUGGAAGAUAAGUGACAUAAUAGGAAGAAAUGAUUAGCUUGAUAUUCCUGUAAAUUGCUUCAGUCCUUGUUCCUUUGUGAAGAUAACACAACAAGGAAUUGUAGGAUUUUCCGUUGACGAUUUUGUGUAUAAUUUGUAAACUAUAUAGUUACCAAGUAUAAUUUGUUCAUAAUGCACAUCAUGAAGAUGGAUUUUUAGAGGGUAA